CCACCAGCUACCCAAGAACUGAUGACGUAGUUCACAAGCCAUGUGAAAAUCUCAAAUUAGUGUUUGCUGAGUCAUUUGAUGAUGACAACAUUAGAGUGGUGCACUUCCUAGCAUGUCCAGCAUUCCUAAUGCAGCUGAAGCUAUAGAUCAGGAAAUCAUCUAUCAAAUCUAUGACACAAUAAAGGAUAUCAAAGAUCCAGAGAAACCAGAAACCCUAGAAGAUCUUAAUGUAGUAUUUGAAGAAGGUAUCACCAUCGAAAAAAUAGAUGAUGAGAGUUAUGGAAUAAACAUUGAGUUUGUGCCUACCGUUCCUCAUUGUUCCCUGGCAACAUUGAUAGGCCUUUGUAUAAGAGUGAAAUUAUACCAGUGUCUUCCAUUCAAACAUAAACUCAGGAUCAAUAUCAAAGAAGGAACCCAUGAAACUGCUGCAGAAAUAAACAAACAGAUCAAUGACAAAGAACGAGUUGCAGCUGCUAUGGAAAAUCCUAACCUUAAAGAAUUAGUGGAUAAUUGCAUUAGCGAACCAGAGUACUGA